CAUCACGUUCGCUUGCAUUUAGAAAGUGAUCUCUCCGGGAUCUUUUCGUAUAUACACACAGACUGCCUGAAAAGUCACGUUUGUCAGGUCUGGUUUAUCAGGACAGCGGAACCGAAGCUGCGCCAGUAUCAGCUUCUUUCAUCUGUGAAACGGGAAGUCGCGUGAUUAUUAAUGACUUUUGGUGGAAAAAGCCUUCGAAUCGAGCAUACGGUGGAUUUUCAUAUGUUUCACGGGUGAUUUUGAGAUUGAUCUUUGGCACACUUUACAUCCUCGAAGGAACCACAGAUCGGAGCGUGCUAUGGACACGUUACGGAUAAACGCAGCUGCAUUUCCAUGAGAUACGGACAGUCUGAAGAGAGAUCCACGUUUUCAUCACUGAACCUCUGCGAAAAUCUUCAUUUGCACGUCUUGUGGUAAUUUCAAUAGCGAGAAUGUGAGGAUAUGUACCAUUUAUGAGCACAACAGAAGGCAGCAGCGCUGUAUUGUAAGAUGCAUUUCCAUAUUUCACACAGCACCGGAGCGCAACAUGUAUUUCCUGCGUGAAUCCUGUACGCACCGUUAAUGCACAGGAUGCAUUUUAACAGACUGUAUCAGGCCAAGAUACGCUCUCCGAUCACGAUCGCGUCAGUUUUCUCGAUUUAAGCUGCUGUUCGGGUUUUAUUUUGCUUGUCACGGGGUGUGAUGCUGAUCUGGGGCGAAACAUCUCGUUCAAUGGUCGCCUCGCUUCCUUCCUGAGUCCUGAUGUUCUUCAUCCAUGCGAGGAUUCACCAUGGAAACCCACAGUGAGCGCUGGUGGACACCGAGACUGGAUCCUGGAUUGGAAACGGAGAGGCUGACGGAUGUGUAAACAACAGCUCUUUUUGUCGCCUUCAUGUCAACUUGCUGAGACUUGUCUUUGCAGAUCUCAGAAAAACAAAGGCGUGUAGCUUGGGGCAUUUGUUCGAGAAGCACAUCCCAAGUGCUCUAGGCACUGGCAGGGGCCGAUGCCACAAACAUGCAUGCAAGAUCUGAUUCGGUGUCUAAACAUGCCAGGCAUGACAAUCAGGUGGCCGCUUCGGAUCUGAUCUCAAGUUUGGACAUUGGCGAACACGUUUCCAGGCAAUGUUUUUCCAGCAUGCGAUGCAUUAAAACCCACAUGGAGUGUUAGGGUGUAUUCACACCAGGGAAGUCUGCUAGUUCACUUGCUUUGGUCCGGACCAAAUACAAUGUUGAUUUUUUUCAAUUUGAUGCAGUUCGCUUUCACACUGCCCUCUUUGCAAGUGAACCAGAAAUUGUAAACAAAACCACAGGUGUGCUAAGGUCAUCCAUUCAUUGGUUCAUCCAUUCACCAGAGUUUGUUUGGAAGCGGACCGAGACCACCUCUCCAGCUGGGUCUCUGUACGGAUGUUUGGUCCUCACCUGAGUGUGAUUGCUGUAUUCACACCUGCCCAAAAGAUCUGCACCAAGGGGGGAAACGAACUUGAGCAAAGCCACUAGAAGGCAAGCUUGCAACCUUUAGCCAAAAAAAGCAUAACGGCUAAUGCUAAGGCAGUACGUGGGAAAGGAGACCAGAGGCCAUUUUUUUAAUGGAUGUCAAUGGAGAAGAGGCUUCACUACGCUGAAUAAACAGCUUUUUAGAGGAAACGGCUUAUCAUUUAAUGAAUCCACAGCCUAUCUGCUAAUCUUCAACAUGUUUUACACUAAACAAUACUUUUGGAUUUAACUAUUUUUGGAGUUCACCCUGAAAAAAAUGCAGUUUUAUAAGAGAAGCCACUGACUUUUUGCGACAGGUGGGAUUCAGCUUACUGCACUUCUCAUUCAUUCCUAUGGUAUCCGUAAACGGCGAUUGAGUGUCGCUCAACUAAGACCCACAUGAUACAAGUUGGCCGUUACGCUUUCUCCAAUAGUAAGUAAUACAGACCCUCUCAUCUCCCUAUAGUAAGACUCGAGUUCGAUUCAAUCGAACCAAACAAGACAGGUGUGAAUACACCCUUAGUUUUUAUAGCAUCUUGUACAAUUCAGCACCCCAGAAUGCCUCGGAACCGGGCCUUUUCGGAGCCCGAGUAUUCUGCGGAGUAUUCGGCGGACUGUUCGGUCACCCUGCCCUCGGACCCGGGGCAGGCGGUGGGACGCACCCACGAGGUGACGGUGCGCAGCUCCGGUUGCUGCCUGUGUCUGCCUCGGUUCAUGCGUCUGACUUUCGCGCCGGACUCUCUGGAGAACCUCUACCAGACCUACUUCCGCCGGCAGAGGCACGAGACCUUGCUGGUGCUGGUGGUGUUCGCGGCCCUCUUCGACUGCUACGUCAUCGUGAUGUGCACUGUGCUGUACAACAGCGAUAAGCUGGCGUCUGUGGCCGUGGCGUCGGUGGGGCUUGCGGCGGACAUCCUGCUGUACCUGCUGUGCCGGUUCGGUCUGCUCCCGGACCGCGUGACGCGCCGCCUGGUGCCCUACGCCUUGUGGGUGCUCAUAGCGGCCCAGAUCUUCUGUUACCUAGGACUGAACUUCGCCCGCUUCCAUCAGCCCAGCGACACGGUGGGCUGGCAGGCGUUUUUUAGCUUUUCCUUCUUUUUGACGCUGCCGCUGCGGCUGACCCCUAUAGUGCUGAUCACGGCCGUGUCCUGCGGCGUGCACACGCUCGUCCUGGGCGUCACGAUUGCCCAGCAGCAGCAGGAGGACAUUCAGGGGGCGGCUCUGGGAAGACAGUUGCUGGCCAACAUUGUGAUCUACUUCUGUGCCAUCACAGUGGGCGUCAUGUCAUAUUACAUGGCCGACCGCAAACACCGCAAGGCCUUUUUGGAGGCCCGGCAGUCGCUGGAGGUGAAGCUCAACAUGGAGGAGCAAAGUCAGCAGCAGGAGCGUCUCCUGCUGUCCAUCUUACCCAAGCACAUCGCAGACGAGAUGCUUCAGGACAUGAAGAAAGAAGCCAGUCAGAAAGAGAUGCAGCAGUUCAACACCAUGUACAUGUAUCGGCACGAGAACGUCAGUAUUCUGUUUGCAGACAUUGUGGGCUUCACACAGCUGUCCUCGUCCUGUAGCGCACAGGAGCUGGUGAAGCUGCUGAACGAAUUGUUCGCCCGUUUCGACAAGCUAGCAGCUAAAUACCACCAGUUGAGGAUCAAGAUUCUGGGCGACUGCUAUUAUUGUAUUUGUGGCCUUCCAGAUUACCGCAAUGACCAUGCGGCGUGCUCCAUCAUGAUGGGUUUGGCCAUGGUUGAGGCCAUUUCAUAUGUUCGAGAGAAGACACAGACGGACGUGGACAUGCGUGUCGGGGUGCAUUCUGGGACAGUUCUGGGUGGUGUGCUCGGACAGAAGCGCUGGCAGUAUGACGUAUGGUCGACUGACGUGACGGUAGCCAACAAGAUGGAGGCAGGAGGAAUACCAGGGCGAGUGCACAUCUCCCAGAAUACCUUGGAGUGUCUGCAUGGAGAGUUUGAUGUGGAGCCGGGGAAUGGAGGAGACCGCUGCGAGUACCUGAAGGAAAGGGGCAUUGAGACGUACUUGGUGGUGGUGCCCAAGGGACCCGUGGGUAAAAACGGCAUCAACGGAGUAAAGCUUUCAGUGACGUCGUCUAAUGGGAAUUCUCCAUUGCUGAUCAAGACUACGGAGUGCAAUGGGAGCGUCCACACGGCCUGCACGACACCGGAGGAGCCGGAGGAGCUGGACACGCGGGUGGUGAACCCCUCAUUUCCAAACCCUCGGCGUCGUUUGCGUCUGCGUGAUCUGGCUGAGAGAGUGAUCGACGCUCAGGAGAACGAACAGGAGCUCAACAAACUCCUCAAUGAAGCGCUGCUGGAGAGAGAGACAGUACAGGCGCUGAAAGGAAAGUACACUAAUCGUCUGUCUCUGCGCUUUACUGAUCCGGAGCUGGAGACGCGCUUCUCGGUGGAGAAGGAGAAGCAGAGCGGAGCGGCGUUUAGCUGCUCAUGUGUGGUGCUGCUCUUCACCGCUGUCAUGGAGGCUCUCAUUGACCCCUGGUUAGUUGCAAACUAUGUGACUCUGGCCAUCGGUGAAGUCUUGCUGCUCAUUCUUACUAUCUGUUCACUGGCAGCCAUUUUCCCACGGGUAUUUCCAAAGAGAUUGGUGUCGUUCUCCACUUGGAUUGAUCACACACGCUGGGCUCGCAACACUUGGGCCAUGGCGGCCAUCUUCAUAGUCACAAUGGCCGACAUAGUAGAUAUGUUGAGCUGUCGUCCACCAGAGUCCUCCACAAAUGAGGCGACUGCGGUCACUCCAGUCACUCUGGCCGCCAGCGGCUGUUCGGAGAAUCCUAAAUACUACAGCUACAUCGCAGUACUGGCUCUCAUCGCCACCACCAUGCUGGUGCAGGUCAGCCACAUGGUCAAACUCACCCUCAUGCUGCUGAUCACCGGAGCUACAGGUGUGGUCAACAUCUACAGCUGGAGGGACACAUUUGACCAGUACGAUCUGACGCGCUUUAAAGAAUACAGAGUUCAUCUUGUGCCCUCCAAAUACACCAUGAGUGUGAUGAUCUUCAUCAUGAUGGUCAGCUUCUACUACUUCUCCCGACAUGUGGAGAAGCUGGCACGCACGCUGUUCCUGUGGAAGAUUGAAGUGCAUGAGCAGAAGGAGAAGGUGUACGAGAUGCGGCGCUGGAACGAGGCUCUGGUCACUAAUAUGCUUCCGGAGCACGUCGCCCGGCAUUUCCUGGGCUCUAAGAAGAGGGAUGAGGAGCUCUACAGCCAGUCCUACGAUGAGAUUGGAGUCAUGUUCGCCUCCAUCCCAAACUUCUCUGAUUUCUAUACGGAGGAAAGCAUCAACAACGGCGGGAUUGAGUGUCUGAGGUUCCUCAAUGAAAUCAUUUCCGAUUUUGAUAGCCUUUUAGACGAGACACAGUUUCGCUGUAUAACGAAGAUCAAGACUAUUGGCAGCACCUACAUGGCAGCAUCAGGAGUCACUUCAGACAAUAACACUAACGGUUAUGCUUGUAUGAAGAAAGAAGAGAUUUCAGACCGGGAACGGUGGCAGCACUUGGCAGAUCUUGCUGAUUUUGCUCUGGCCAUGAAAGUCACGUUGAUGAACAUCAACUACCAGUCCUUCAAUAACUUCAUGCUCCGCAUCGGGUUGAAUAAAGGGGGCGUUUUGGCUGGUGUUAUCGGGGCCCGUAAACCUCAUUUUGACAUCUGGGGAAACACUGUGAAUGUUGCCAGUCGCAUGGAGUCCACAGGGGUGAUGGGAAACAUCCAGGUGGUGGAGGACUGCUACUGCAUCCUGAAGGACUACGGCUUCCGCUUCGUCAGGAGAGGACCCAUAUUUGUCAAGGGGAAAGGAGAGCUGCUCACCUAUUUCCUAAAGGGACGUGAAAAACAAGGCUCCUUCAUUAACGGCUCUUUUGUCACCCUGCCGCACCAAGUGGUGGACAGCUCUUGACCGACACGCACACACACUGUCCUACACAAAACUCUUGUUCGCGCACACCUCACCUCAUACCUCUUCUGCCGAGUACAUGUGCUCCAGUAAUUAGUACUUUCAAACGUGUUUUCUCUAUUUAUUAGGCUGAGGGAAGAAAUGUUGCCAGGAAACGAGAGAGACUUUCUGUUUAUAUGAGAGAAGUACUAUAUAAUAUACAUUUUGGACAGAGAUGAAUGAAUGAAAUCAAACAAGCUGAAUGAUUUUAUUAGGUUGCUAAAGAGAUGAACAGGUUGUUUUUAAACUCAAACCGCACCGAAUACAAUGAACUCUACUGUAUAUUACGCACUGCGCUGCUCAAAGAAACCGAUGAAUUACCUAUUUUUGUUCUUCUUUCAUUUGAAAUGCUUUCAUUAUUUAAAGAUUGCCCUGAAAGUCCCUGAUAUAUCUGAAUGUUGUUUGCCAUUGAAAAGCUACUCCAAAUGCCUGUGUAGGAAAACAUACUGACUGCCUUUGCCUCUUAUGAAAGUGUGUGUGUGUGUGUGUGUGUGUGUGUGUGUGUGUGUGUGUGUGUAUUCGUGCAUUUCUAAAGUCUAUUGUCACCUUUUCUUUAUUUUGUUUUACGUUCAACCAUUAAUAAUGGACGUACAUGAGGUUUUGAAAGUCUGAGACCACAUUAAAUCAUGGGUUUUAACGCUGGAAAUAACCGUACAUGCAUAAAAAAUAAGAAUAUUUACAGUUUAGGUCAAAAGUUUACACCCCCCUUUCAGAAUCUGAUAAAUUUUCAUUAUUUUACCAAAAUAAGAGUGAUCAUGCAAAAUGCAUGUUAUUGUUUAUUUAAUACUGACCAGCAUACGAUAUUUUACAUAAAAGACGUUUACAUAUAAUCCACAAGAGAAAAUAAUAGUUGAGUUUAUAAAAAAUGACCCCGUUCAAAAGUUUACAUCCACUUGAUUCUUAAUACUGUGUUGUUACCUGAAUGAUCCACAGCUGUGUUUUUUUGUUUAGUGAUAGCUGUUCAUGAGUCCCUUGUUUGUCCUGAACAGUUUGCCUGCUGUUCUUCAGAAAAAUCCUUCAGGUCCCACAAAUUCUUUGGUUUUGCAGCAUUUUUGUGUAUUUGAACCCUUUCCAACAACGAUCGUAUGAUUUUGAGAUCCAUCUUUUCACACUGAGGACAACGGAGGGACUCAUAUGCAACUAUUACAGAAGGUUAAAACGCUCACUGAUGCUCCAUUAGGAAAAACCAUGCAUUAGGAGCCUUUUGAACAGAAUGGAGGUGUACAUUUUUCUUAUUUUGUCUAAAUAAUAUCAUAAUUUUUCAUUUAGUACUGCCCUUCAGAGGCUACAAAAGAUAGUUACAUGUUUGCCAGAAGACAAAAUAUGUUAAAUUUACCCGAUCUUCAAAUUCAAAAAUUCAGAUUCUGAAAGGGGGGUGUAAACUUUUGACCUCAACUGUAAAACUCCAAAAAAUUUAGUUUUACUAAAAUGAUUAUGCUGUCAAUGUAAGUAGUAAUAAAAAAAAAAUAGUGUACUAAAUUCUAAAAAUAAAACCCGAAGCACUUUCACUGGUGGUCUCAGACUUUUGGACCGCAUUAUACGUUCUAGUGUUCCACGUGUGCCAAAUACAAGCCACUAUGUGCGUCGGUUUGUGGUACUCUGAGGAUGCAAGUAUAGCAGAGGUGUAUGAGUAUCACUGUGAACGGGUUCAUUGUGCGUGUCAUUCAUGGGCAGUAUUGCAGGGAUGAACGUUUCUUAGUUCAGAAUAUAUUCCCCAUGGUGUCUUUCCUCAAGGAUUAGAUGAAUGUGCAAUAGUUUAUUCUUUUACGGCAUUCUGCUCUCCGGUACAGUUUUCAAAAGGGCCCUCCUCUCCCAGCAAGUCAUAUUUUUAUAUUAUGAUGUAAAGUUGUAGUUAAAGAGUAUUGUACAAAGAGACAGGACGCUAGGCUGGAUCGGUGUGUCUUAUAAACUGGCCAUACAGUUCAUUUAUUACCAGUGUCAGGGACCUUCUCUGUCAGUAAGCAGAAAUGCAUUUGAUUUUGACUUUCUGAUGUUGAAAUGGUUUAUGAAGGCAUGACAUUGUGGCCAAUCUCUGUGGUUUGAUGCAGGAUUUUGCUAAAAUUUGAUAUUUUUGAAUUAUCCUUAGAUAUGGAAUAAAAUGGCACUUUGAAUGAUCUGUU